AUGUUCACGAACAUCAUACGACAGGGUAGGUGCAUUCAUUCAUCAUCAUCAUCAUCAUCAUCAUCAUCAUCAUCAUCAUCAUCAUCAUCAUCAUCAUCAUCAUCAUCAUCAUCAUCAUCAUCAUCAUCAUCAUCAUCAUCAUCAUCAUCAUCAUCAUCAUCAUCAUCAUCAUCAUCAUCAUCAUCAUCAUCAUCAUCAUCAUCAUCAUCAUCAUCAUCAUCAUCAUCAUCAUCAUCAUCAUCAUCAUCAUCAUCAUCAUCAUCAUCAUCAUCAUCAUCAUCAUCAUCAUCAUCAUCAUCAUCAUCAUCAUCAUCAUCAUCAUCAUCAUCAUCAUCAUCAUCAUCAUCAUCAUCAUCAUCAUCAUCAUCAUCAUCAUCAUCAUCAUCAUCAUCAUCAUCAUCAUCAUCAUCAUCAUCAUCAUCAUCAUCAUCAUCAUCAUCAUCAUCAUCAUCAUCAUCAUCAUCAUCAUCAUCAUCAUCAUCAUCAUCAUCAUCAUCAUCAUCAUCAUCAUCAUCAUCAUCAUCAUCAUCAUCAUCAUCAUCAUCAUCAUCAUCAUCAUCAUCAUCAUCAUCAUCAUCAUCAUCAUCAUCAUCAUCAUCAUCAUCAUCAUCAUCAUCAUCAUCAUCAUCAUCAUCAUCAUCAUCAUCAUCAUCAUCAUCAUCAUCAUCAUCAUCAUCAUCAUCAUCAUCAUCAUCAUCAUCAUCAUCAUCAUCAUCAUCAUCAUCAUCAUCAUCAUCAUCAUCAUCAUCAUCAUCAUCAUCAUCAUCAUCAUCAUCAUCAUCAUCAUCAUCAUCAUCAUCAUCAUCAUCAUCAUCAUCAUCAUCAUCAUCAUCAUCAUCAUCAUCAUCAUCAUCAUCAUCAUCAUCAUCAUCAUCAUCAUCAUCAUCAUCAUCAUCAUCAUCAUCAUCAUCAUCAUCAUCAUCAUCAUCAUCAUCAUCAUCAUCAUCAUCAUCAUCAUCAUCAUCAUCAUCAUCAUCAUCAUCAUCAUCAUCAUCAUCAUCAUCAUCAUCAUCAUCAUCAUCAUCAUCAUCAUCAUCAUCAUCAUCAUCAUCAUCAUCAUCAUCAUCAUCAUCAUCAUCAUCAUCAUCAUCAUCAUCAUCAUCAUACCAUCAUCAUCAUCAUCAUCAUCAUCAUCAUCAUCAUCAUCAUCAUCAUCAUCAUCAUCAUCAUCAUCAUCAUCAUCAUCAUCAUCAUCAUCAUCAUCAUCAUCAUCAUCAUCAUCAUCAUCAUCAUCAUCAUCAUCAUCAUCAUCAUCAUCAUCAUCAUCAUCAUCAUCAUCAUCAUCAUCAUCAUCAUCAUCAUCAUCAUCAUCAUCAUCAUCAUCAUCAUCAUCAUCAUCAUCAUCAUCAUCAUCAUCAUCAUCAUCAUCAUCAUCAUCAUCAUCAUCAUCAUCAUCAUCAUCAUCAUCAUCAUCAUCAUCAUCAUCAUCAUCAUCAUCAUCAUCAUCAUCAUCAUCAUCAUCAUCAUCAUCAUCAUCAUCAUCAUCAUCAUCAUCAUCAUCAUCAUCAUCAUCAUCAUCAUCAUCAUCAUCAUCAUCAUCAUCAUCAUCAUCAUCAUCAUCAUCAUCAUCAUCAUCAUCAUCAUCAUCAUCAUCAUCAUCAUCAUCAUCAUCAUCAUCAUCAUCAUCAUCAUCAUCAUCAUCAUCAUCAUCAUCAUCAUCAUCAUCAUCAUCAUCAUCAUCAUCAUCAUCAUCAUCAUCAUCAUCAUCAUCAUCAUCAUCAUCAUCAUCAUCAUCAUCAUCAUCAUCAUCAUCAUCAUCAUCAUCAUCAUCAUCAUCAUCAUCAUCAUCAUCAUCAUCAUCAUCAUCAUCAUCAUCAUCAUCAUCAUCAUCAUCAUCAUCAUCAUCAUCAUCAUCAUCAUCAUCAUCAUCAUCAUCAUCAUCAUCAUCAUCAUCAUCAUCAUCAUCAUCAUCAUCAUCAUCAUCAUCAUCAUCAUCAUCAUCAUCAUCAUCAUCAUCAUCAUCAUCAUCAUCAUCAUCAUCAUCAUCAUCAUCAUCAUCAUCAUCAUCAUCAUCAUCAUCAUCAUCAUCAUCAUCAUCAUCAUCAUCAUCAUCAUCAUCAUCAUCAUCAUCAUCAUCAUCAUCAUCAUCAUCAUCAUCAUCAUCAUCAUCAUCAUCAUCAUCAUCAUCAUCAUCAUCAUCAUCAUCAUCAUCAUCAUCAUCAUCAUCAUCAUCAUCAUCAUCAUCAUUUCAUCUAG